AUGGGUGGGGUGUGCCGGGACAGCGUCGUGGGGGGUGGGCCAAUCGCCUGUUGUCGAUUGGCCCGAGUUGGCCACUGUGUACAUCGGUGUGAGUGUAUUUGUGGCGGUGCGUGUAGUGUCCGGUCGGCUCCUGUGGGUGAUCCCCGAGCGUAUGGUGACACACACACAUGUGUGUGUCACUAUGGACGGACCGGUGUUUCAGGGAGCGUCACAAAAAUUGCGUCUGUCACAGCGCGACGCGGGGUUUGGUUUUCGGGUUCUUUUGUGACGCGUCGCGCUGCUCCCGCGGGGCCGCCCGCGGGAGCAGCGCUGGGCGUGCUGGUGUUUACAUGCUGGCAAGUUGCUGGCACGGUGCUGGUGACACAAACGCUGCGACACACUGUCGUAUCGGACUGGCUCUAUUUACUUUUGAUGUUGCUGGGGUCAAUGGUAUCUCUUUUUCUUAGGCUCGCAAUCGACUACACAUCUAUAUAA